GGCAAUCUGAACUAAGAAACGUUUAAACAAGGUUUGAGGAAACUGGAAUCCAAAACUGGUAGAGCUUUGUAACCCACAAUGGCAAUAACACGCCACAUUCAAGGCUGGGCAUCUCUGCACCCCUUAAACUCUGAGUCAAUUAAUAGUGAGUCUAGAGAUGAGCAAGAGGAGAAAAAGUGUGAAACUAUAAAAGUGUCUCUCCAUGAGGGUUCUGAAGAUGUGGUAAAGUUCUGCAACCUGAUUGUUGAUCCUAUAUCUGAGCUAUUACAUCUAGGAUCUCCUACAGACACAGAUUGCAUUUCAGAAUCAUGCCAGGCAAGCACAGUUUCUUUACAGAGUAGAAGUUAUCCUUUCUGGAGAAUCCGGACAAGACGUGUAACCAUCAUCAUCAUCACUGUCCUGUUUCUGGUCCUGGUUUUUAGCCUCACUCUGGGAAUCUUGCUCUUCAAACAUAAAACAGAUCUAAGCCAAGCUGCUGCAUCCCAAGGAAACCUCACAUCUCCUUACCAUGGAAUAAAUGAUAUUACUUUGGGAUUUACAGAAACAGCCUCUUCCAGUUGUGGCGGGCUGUUGAACGAUUCACAAGGAUCCUUCAGUUCUCCAAAUUAUCCCCAUUUGUAUCCACCCAAAUCUCAUUGCGCAUGGGUGCUGGAGGCAGGAGAGGGGCAUCUUGUCCAGCUGAAGAUUGUGGUGUUGGAUGUAGAGGGGCAUGGUAAUUGCCUCCUAGAUUGGCUGGAGUUAAAGGAUGGGAAUACCACAAACCGGUUCUGUGGAUCUGUUGCUCCUACCACUUUUAUAUCAAACUCACACUGGCUAGAGGUCAGCUUUGUAUCCGACGACAGCAUAAGUGCUAUGGGCUUCCUAGCUACAUACCGGAUGAUAGUACCAAGUCAAGGUAGCUGUUCAUGGGAUGAGUUUCUGUGUGAUGAACGUCGUUGCCUUCUGCUGCCAGCACUGUGUGAUGGAAUACCAGACUGUACAGAUCAGAUGGAUGAAAAGAACUGCAGCCAAAAACAGUGGGAUUGUGGUGGAUCCCUAAGUGGCUUUCAAGGGGCUUUUUACUCUCCAAAUCAUCCUGAACAGUACCCAGGAAAGGUGGUCUGUCGGUGGCUUCUUACUGUCCCGGACGGGUUCUUCAUUCGGAUUCAGUUUCACAACUUUAGCCUGGAGAUGGAGAGGGGUUGCAAAUUUGACUAUGUGGAGAUCCAUGACGGUGCUGGUCUCGGAACUACCAAUAUCAUGGGAAGAUUCUGUGGCUCUCAGCUACCACCCAUUCUAACUUCCUCUGGGUCACAGAUGUCUAUAUUGUUUGUGGCAGAUGAAGAAGUAUCAGGUCUAGGAUUCUAUGCCACAUAUGAAUCUAUCAAUGCUUCAGCAAAUGAAUGUGACUCCAAUGAGCUAAGGUGUGGUGGUGGUCAGUGUCUGUCUAUGCAGCUGGUCUGUGAUGGCUGGGUGGACUGCCCAGAUGGGAAAGAUGAGCUGGAUUGUCCAGAUAGACAGGAUCCAGAGGCAGCUACUCCAUGCCAGCCCCUCCGUGUUCCUCUUUGUAAAGGCUUCUCCUAUACUCUCACUGUGUUCCCCAAUCUUUGGAUGUCACUCCAUGAUCAACCAGCAGCAAAUGAGCUACUGAAAGGAUACAAGAUCCUUCAGGAGCUGCCGUGCUUCCCAGCUCUGCGGCCAUUUUUCUGUGCUCUUUUGGUUCCAAGUUGCUCAGCAGAUGGGGGUGCUCUACAGCCAUGCCGAUCUGUCUGUCUUAAUGCAGAAUACCUCUGUGUGGCCCAGCUUCAUCAGCUAGGGUUGCCCUGGUCCUUUAACUGUGACCUAUUUCCUACACGGAUCCAACAACCUGACUGUGUCAUCCCCUAAGAGGACCUGUAUUUUUUGUUACCUAUUUGAAACCCCACAGAUUGACAACAUAAUCUUUAUUUUUUAGCAUUUCAGUAGUUCUCGAUCCAUUGGGUGCUAGUUGUAAUCCUUUCAUUGCUACUAGCCUCCAUCUGCAGAUAUAUACAAUGUUUAGUCAUAUGGUUUGGCAUGAGCACCUACUACAAGUGUUUAAGAAGGUAAAUUCAGCAAAACUUUGAUGUCAAUAAAUAUUUGAUUCCUC